AUGGGAGAUGAACAAAAACAUCAAGAAGAGGAAGUGAACAAGGACUUAGGGGUGGCAAAUGUGGUAGGUGGGUGGGAUGAUCUUGGUAUUGAUGAUGGGAAAUAUGCACAUGAACUUAUUUUAAAUUCAGGUAUUGAUGUUAUCAACUUUGAUGAUAGUGGUUUUAUGGUAGUUAGAGACGGAUGUUCUGUUUUUCGAUCACCUGCACAACAUGAUUUUAAUUUCACUUAUCAGUUGGAGAAGAAUGGAACAAAAGUCGAUUCUCAAUUGUUCAAUUCGACUCCAAUUGAUCAAGCCCUAGCUAAGAAUGAAACAAAAAAUGCUCCUAAGAACAAUCAACUUAUUUGCCCUAAAAUCCAAAAAGAACUUGUGCAAUGUUUUGCACAAGAAGUACUUUUGAGUAUUCGUCAAGAGAUUGGUCAAGAUGUAUUCGCUUUAUUGGUUGAUGAAUCUAGCGAUGUCUCAAAAAAGGAACAAAUGGCUAUUGUUUUGCGAUAUGUUGAUAGUCUUGGAUUUGUGAAAGAAAGAUUCAUUGGAGUUGUGCACGUGAAGGAUACGUCCUCUUUGAAACUCAAAAACGCAUUAAAUGAAGUACUUACAAGUAAUAAGUUGAGUUUUAGUCAGAUAAGAGGACAAGGUUAUGAUGGGGCGAGCAAUAUGCGAGGGGAAUUCAAUGGUUUGAAAGCUUUGAUAUUAAAAGAGAAUGACACAGCUUUUUAUGUACAUUGCUUUGCACACCAACUUCAAUUGGUGGUUGUAGCUGUAGCAAAGAAGCAUGAUGGUGUUAGUGACUUUUUUGAGCAAAUUUCGUUGGUGGUUAAUGUUGUUUGUGCCUCGUGUAAAAGAAAAGACUUGCUACGGGAACAAGCAAGACAAAGGGUGCAAAAAGGCUUAGGUAGUGGUGAACUUGAAACGGGAAGAGGGUUAAAUCAAAAGACUACACUUGUUCGGGCGGGAGAUACAAGAUGGGGUUCACAUUUCAACACACUCACAAGUCUGAUGAAGUUAUUUGCGGAUGUUCUUGUGGUUUUAGAAUUUGUGAAAGUGGAUGAAGGGUCAUUGGCAAACCGCCAACAAGCGUCUGGAAUUUUAGCAUAUUUUCAAUCUUAUGAGUUCGUGUUUUACUUGUAUAUGAUGUAUGAAAUUUUACACCUCACGGGUACAUUAUCAAAGCAACUUCAAAAAAAGAUCUAG